AUGUAUUUUGCUCUCUACGGUUCCCGGGCACCCGUGCAGAAUGGCGUGACUCGGUCAGUCCUCACUUUCACUGUGUUCAGCUCAAUUGCUGAGAAUGAAGAUGCCCUCUUGCGGCACUUAUUUCAAGGGUAUCAGAAGUGGAUCAGACCAGUAAAACACUCCAAUGAUACUAUAAAAGUGUACUUUGGAUUAAAGAUAUCACAACUAGUAGAUGUGGAUGAAAAGAAUCAGUUAAUGACAACAAAUGUGUGGCUGAAACAGGAAUGGAUCGACCACACAUUGUGCUGGAAUCCUGAGGACUAUGGUGGGAUCACUGCAAUUCGGGUCCCAUCUGAAUCGCUUUGGCUCCCAGAUAUUGUGCUGUUUGAAAAUGCUGACGGUCGCUUUGAAGGCUCAUUGAUGACUAAGGCGAUUGUCAAAUACAAUGGGAUCGUUGUCUGGACUCCUCCGGCCAGUUAUAAAAGUUCCUGCACUAUGGACGUGACCUUCUUCCCAUUCGAUAGGCAGAAUUGCUCAAUGAAAUUUGGAUCAUGGACCUACGAUGGCCGAAUGGUUGACUUAAUCCUGGUGAAUGAGAAUGUGGACCGGACAGAUUUCUUUGACAAUGGGGAAUGGGAAAUUCUAAAAGCCAAGGGUAUGAAGGGAAACAGAAAAGAUGGGUUGUAUUCCUACCCUUUCAUAACCUAUUCCUUCGUUUUAAGACGACUCCCACUGUUUUACACUCUCUUCUUAAUAGUCCCUUGCCUGGGGUUGUCAUUUUUAACUGUUCUCGUUUUUUACUUGCCUUCCGACGAGGGAGAAAAACUAUCACUAUCGACCUCCGUUUUGGUCUCCCUUACUGUUUUUCUCUUAGUCAUUGAAGAAAUCAUUCCCUCGUCUUCGAAAGUCAUACCUCUGAUUGGGGAAUACUUGCUCUUUAUCAUGAUUUUUGUGACCCUCUCGAUCAUCGUGACCGUUUUCGUAAUCAACGUGCACCAUCGUUCCUCGGCAACCUACCACCCGAUGGCUCCUUGGGUGAAAAGACUCUUCCUUCAGAAACUCCCGAGGCUGCUCUGCAUGAAAGGGCACGUGGAUCGCUUUUCCUUUUCUGAUCCCGAAGGAUCCCUGAAACAGAAGCCAGCUAGGAAACACAAACACAAACAAUUCAAAGACGGAGAAAAAAUUGUGGUUGCUUUCCUGGAAAAAGCUGCUGACUCCAUUAAGUAUAUCUCCAGGCAUGUUAAAAAGGAACAUUUCAUCAGACAGGUAGUGCAAGACUGGAAGUUUGUGGCUCAGGUCCUGGACCGGAUCUUCCUGUGGCUGUUUUUGGUGGUGUCAGUGAUGGGUUCUGUUCUUAUAUUUACCCCAGCUUUAAAGACGUGGUUGUCCAUAAUCCUGCCCACAUCGCUAGGCAGUAGCUCUUCCAUGGGUCUUGGACGAAGAGAGGCAGAAUAA